AUGUUCCGUUCUGAGAAGGCUAGCUACGAGAUUAAGAAGGACAUUGCCAACGGCACUUAUGGUCUGGUUUUUCAGUGCACUCAGACUCCAGUUCGCACGAGGAGAGAACCAGUUAGCGAUGAUAGCCACCAGGUGGUUGUCAAGGUGAUGGAACUUAAAGACAAGUUCGACUUGAAGUCUAUCAAUCGAGAGCUGGCAUUUAUUAAGGCAAUUGAAAAGGAGAAGUCUCAACUGUUUGUCAAGUGUUUGGACACGUUUUCCUUUACCCCAAUCUACACGUGUCUUGUUUUUGAAACAUUGGACAUUACGCUGAUGGAGUACUACACAAACAGCCCCGUCUCACUGCUUAAAAUCAGAUCAAUUUUUUAUCAAAUGCUGAAAGCGUUGCAAGUUUUAAAAAAAAUCAAAUUCGUUCACGCCGACAUCAAACCGCAGAAUGUAAUGCUAAGGAAGCCAAGAGAGGAAGACACAGAAGUGACCAUCAAGCUGAUUGACUUUGGUUUCUCCUGCUGCACUAGUGCGGCGAUGCGCGGCAAACGGAUGAUCACCUUCAAAGGCGUGGAACCAUUUGACCUGAACAAGAUUGACGCCAAUCUCUACACCAACGGCUAUCCUUCGCCGGAGUGGCUGCUCAACAUGGCCAAUCAAGAGCUCUCUGAUCUGUGGUCGACGGCGGUGACCAUCGCCGAGACAGUCCUCUGUGCACCGCUGUACCGGCACAUCUACAACUUCCCCCGGUACUCCCAGUUGGCGGCCAUUUGGAACUUCUGCCGCUACACCCUGCCAGAAAACGCCUUUUUUCAACGUCUAAAUGAAGACGGAAGGCAGUUCUUUACAAGAGAAGCAUUGAGGGUUGAUCUAUCGCCCCCAAUUUUGCAAUCUCCGCCGACAAACGGCAGACCUUGGAGAAUAAAGAAACUUUGGGAAAUGACCAGUGCCUAUCCAAUAACUGAAACUGAUAAACGUACUUUUAUUAGAGAAGGCAAGGACUGGUCAAGCUGGGCUGUCAACACGGUAGAGGAGAUUAAACCGAAAAGAGGGGAAUUGUCCAUUGCAAAUCAGGACUUGCUUAAAAAGCUUCAAGAUUUACUGAAAAAGAUAUUUAUUAUUGAUCCAGCCAAACGCAUUACCGUCAAUGAAGCAUUGCGACAUUCGUUAUUUCGUGCAUAA